UCUCUCAAACAGCUGACUCGGCCAACUCGGAAGCUAUUACGCGAUUGCGUUCCGAAAGAAAAUUUGGACAUUAUCAAUCAACAUUGAUCAAUUAAAAAGAAUACAGAAAUGUUCCGUUCGCUGGUUGCAGGUGCGAUACGCAACGUCUGCCGUGCUCAGCCGGCGUUCGCGCUGCAGCAAACCCAACGAAACUUUUUUGGUCAUUUAAUUGCUGCAUCUUCUCCUGCCCAAAGCAAAAUAAGUUUACUAUCCUCCCAAAACCUUACACCUCCGUUAUUACAGCCAGCUGCGCUUGCCGCCUUGCCUACUCGCAGUGUCACGAAGUUCUCACUCAUCAAGGGCAAACGCAAGACAGUAAAGGCGGUGUUAAAACGCUUCAAGCGUCUCGACUGGGGUGCCUGGAUCCGAACACAUUCUGGCCGCCAUAAGAAAAUGUUUAAGAAGUCCCCAGAGCUGCGCCGUCGUCUGCGUCAACAUGUAUUUACAAAUGCUACACAGAGCUGGCUGCUGGAUAAGAUGGUGACGAGCUAUUGGCGUCGCCCCAAGCAUUACAUCGAUGAUCCGUAUGCUCCAUACCACAAACGCGAUGAAUACUUCGCAACCAAAUCCAAAACAUUUAAAGUGUAGUGGCUACAUGAUUAAAUAACAUGUUUUUUAACA